AUGAAGGAAAAUAUGAAGUUCAUUGUGACGGAGGUGAACAGGCUGUUAGGCCGUAAUUACAAUAUGAUUUAUUUUAAUUCUCUGACUCCCGAGGAACUGUUGCAAGUAUUGAGAGAGGUAUUGAUCAAGAUACAGGAUCAAAACGACACAAAUGUAGACUCGCGAAACGAAACGCCUGAAGAGAUGGCUGUUUAUAUUUUAUCCGUUCUUCGAGUGCUUAAUUAUCAGCCACAGACGGAUCCUGUGAGCUUUAGACAAGGUCUAAUUCGAGGUGAUCCUGAAACUAUCCAUCCCAUCUUGACCUGGCUUCUGUCCCAUGUGGACAUUGUUCGGAAGAGGGCCUAUUUGUCUCGUUUUCUAGUAAAGGUAGAGGUUCCUGAUGAAUAUUUGAGCGAUCCGGAGGUCUCCUCUUUGUACGAGCAAUAUACAGCGUUGAUCGAUCGAUUCAAGUCCGUUCACAAGGAAAGCGAAAUAGGGAAAAGGAAUUUCGAAAAUGCUAGCGAACUCACGGCCGAUCUGAAGACAAUGGAAAAAGAAAAAGAGGCGGUCACGAUACGCAUAGAGAAAAUGAAGGCUAAAGCGGAAACAGGGAUUCAUUUGCUCGAGGCAGCUAGAGCAUUGCGCCUGGAACGAGACAAGGAACGUGAUUUAGCGUUGCAAGAAGAACAGGAACAUGAAAUUCUAUCCAGAUUACAGAUCGCCCGCCAACGGUUGGAACGAGAGCUAGAAACGUUGAAGAAAGACGAGAACGAAGUUACACCGCAGAGCUUGGUACAACAGCUGUCCGAAGCGAUGACCGUACAAACGAUAGUCGCCAAUGAGAAGCUACCGGCUGAAUUGAACGCGAAGAAGAAUCGUUUGAAGGCUUUGAACGCGGUCAGACAAAGUUCCUAUUUGGGUCCGGAACAGAUCACGGCAAUGAGAAAUAAAUUGGACGGGAUAGCGAAGGAGAUUCAAGAUUUAAUGGAGAUUAAGAUUUCGAGGAGUAACAUCGAUAAAAUGGAACCAUUCCGGCAACAAGCAGCUGCUGUUGCGAAUAUGAAACGGAACGUCUUGGACAGAUUAGAGAAAACGGAAAGUUCUUUGCAAGAGCUGCGAUUGAGAUUAGAGGAGAAGCGUGAACUGUCGAAAAUGAUGGUGGAAUAUGCCGCGCCCAAAGGGGAUGAAUUGAAAAAGUACGUUAACCGGUUGAAAACUAGGAGCACUCUUUACAAGCAUUGCAAGGGCGAGCUGGCGUGGUUGAACGCAGAAAAUAGUGUGCUUUAUCGUACCACUGCUAUUCUGGAAAAUCAGUUGAACCAGUGUAACCAAACGAAGGAAAUGUUGGAAAUAGUUAAGAAAAGCACGACAGCUAAUCUUACGGAAGAGAAUCCAUCAUCGAUGAAUCUUCGGUUAUCUAGAGAUAUUACCGAUCGUCGUGGGAAAUUAGUUCCGUUAAUAAAGGAGGUGCAACUUUUGCGGGAAAAGUCGCGAGAGUUUGAGCAGAAACACGAGAAGGCUGAAAAAGCCCACAACGAUGUGGAGUCGACUAUGAACGUCUCGAUUAAUAGUCUGCAGUCUGAGAUAGAAAGUGUAAAGACAGAAAUUGCAAAGUGUAUUGAAGAAAAGGAAAGACUGGAGAGACAUGUGACUAGAAUGAAAACCACACAAGCGAGAAUAAAGCAUGAUACAGAGGAUCCAAACGUUCCUGAUCCUGGCGCAAAAAUAAAGGAGGAAUUGAAUUCCGAUAUACGGACCGAAGAAAGCAAAAUAAAAAGUUCUACAUUAGAGAAAGAAGAAUUAAUGAAAACUAGUGCAGUUCAAGAGAAACAAAUGCGAAUGUGGAAUGACAUUUUGUUGAUCUUUAAAUCGAAAAUAAAAUGCGCGGAGCAGAGCAAGCAGUCGAAUGGUAUCGUGGUGCGGCAAGGAGGCGCUGAAACCUUGGUUCUACAGUAA